AUUCAUUAACAGCUGAAAACCAAAUAAAACACUGAAAGCCGCAUAAAUACAAGGUAUGAAACAAUUACACCGAAAUGAAUGAACUGACCUGGUAGUGGAAACUUUCAAAACCAAAGAAAUAAUUCAUUUUAACAGCAACGGAAACAAAAAUUGAGGUGAAACGCAACAUUUGUGAACACUACGCAACAAGAUAAGUCGUGUAUGACGGCAGGAUAAACGGAACAACAAACGUGUAGACGAACAGCUACGGAACUGCAAUCCAACAUGGCCGACUGAUAUGGACGAAAAUGACCUUCGAGCGUCUCACUCCACCAAUGACCUUGAUAAGUGACGGAUAAUUUCAGCCUCUAAAUACAUUGGUUGCCCGUCAAUGAUACGCAUCCGAUAUCAUUGCAACAAAUUGAUCAUAUCAUCUGUGCAUAUGAUUCAUAAUCACUGUUGCACGAAUGAAUAUUUAAUGAAGGAUGCAAGAGCACGCAAAUUAGAUGAGUCUGAACUCUCUAUAGUUAAACCAAUGAUGUCUAUUUCAUCCGAACCUGAAAAAAUUAUUGAUUACGUGGCAGAACGAUUUAAAAAAAGGAUGACGUACAAUGAUCUACUAAAUAUAAGAGCUGCUGUAGUUGAAGUCAGUUGUGUUUUCCAAAUUACGUCAAGUUGGGAAGUUAGUUGUAAUUCGGGAUGA